GCCUUAUAGGCAGCGGGGGCGCGGUCCGUCCCUUUGGUGGUUCGGGGCCUCGAAGUGCUGGGGCGGGAUUGGCCGGGUGCGUUCGCGGAUCCCCGGCCCGGAGCCCGGGAUCCAGUCCUUUUCGCUCCAACGCGCGGAGGGCGAGGUUGGUGCGCGGUGACGUCACGACGCCGGCUCCUCCCGUCGCCGAGGUGGACUCUGGGAAACUCGGGUGUGGCCGUACGAGACCAUGGGGGCCCAGCUGAGCGGCGGUCGCGGCGCCCCGGACCCUGCGCAGCCCCAGCCCCAGCCCCAGCCCCAGCCCGCGGCGCCGGAGGGCGCGGAGCUGCCCCGGCCUCGGCCUCAGCCUCAGCCCCAGCCCCAGCCCGAACCCGGCCCGUGGGGACCGCUGGAUGAUGUGCGCUUCCUCAUCGCCUGCACUUCCUGGUACUGACGGCGCCUUCCUAGAGGAUGCCGCCCUUCCACCCGCCGUUCCCUGUGGUUCUUGUCUGCAGCGUCUCCAAUCCCCACGUCUCUUGUCUCUUAUACUCCCUCCCGCGGCUCCUCAGAGAUAGCAGAGAAUUCGAAGAGGUCGCCGGGGACUGGAAUGAAGACCCGACAGGGCCGCCUUCUCAGCCUCGACCCCAACUGUUUCCUAGCCUGCAGCCAGACCCAGCUCAUCCCUUCGUGCCCAUCCCUCCCUUUUCCGGCUGGCUGGGUUCGGGGCAGCCCUCUCUGUCACUGGCCUUCAGAGGCAGGGCAGGCCUCCUGGUAAGCCGGUAAAGCUGCUGACCUCCUGACCUUGCCUGCUUUCACUAAUAUAUUUAUUGCUGAGAA